AUGGAAGCACAAAGCAAGCCACUGAUUUGCAUCACAGGGAUCAACGGAUAUUUAGGCUCAUGGGUCUGUAAAUAUGCCCUUCAAGACGGUCAAUAUCGAGUUCGAGGAACAGUCAGAAAUGUUAAAGACACUGAGAGAUUGCAACCUAUCAAAGAAGAAUUUGGAGAUCUUUGGGACCAAUUAGAACUUGUCCAAGCUGAUCUCCUUGACACUGAAUCCUUAAGACAAGCAAUUAAGGAAUGCUCCUAUGUAAUCCAUGUUGCCUGCCCAGUUCCUCUGCAUCAGCCUGAUGACGAAGAUGAAGUUAUCAAACCUUCUGUGGAGGGCACAAAGGAUAUUUUUAUGGCUUGCCAAGAUGAAGGUGUUAAAAGACUAAUCAUCACUUCCUCCAUCAGCAUUAAUGAAGACUUUAGAUAUCCUACUUGUGACGAAGAGACUCCUUACCCACUUGAUCAGCCAUGGAUAAAUGCUUACAGAAAAGCUAAAAUAUUCGCUGAUGAGCUAGUUUGGGACAUGGUUAAUGAUGAGAAUAAUAAACUUGAAGUUGUUUCUCUUUUACCAGGACUCAUCAUUGGCCCGAUCUUCAUCAAGUCGAACUUCACUUCUAAAGAGGUUAUACAGAUGAUACUGACAGGGAAAUAUCCUCUCUGGCCUAAUCUACAUAUUAGCUGUGUUGAUGUCAGAGACUGCGCGGAAGCUCACAUGAGAGCUCUUACUUGCAAGAAGAACAUCAAAAUUUGCUUAGCAAAUGGAACAAAAAGCAUCCUUGAGAUGGUCGAAAUCAUUAGAGGCGAAUUCUCUCAGUACGGAUAUUGGAUCUCAAAUUGGGGUUUGAACUAUUGGAUAGCAUACCUUGCAAGUUUCUUCAGUUCAGAUAUGGCGUUAGCCCUUCAACUCUGGGGACGUAGGACAGAAAUCGACAACACCAGAGCAAUCAAAGAGUUAGGCCUAAAAUUCACCCCUAUUGAUCAGACAAUAAUCACCACUGCUUACUCCUUAAUCAAGCAAGGAUACGUAAUAGAUAGAACAAAUGGAAACGCAGAUGACCAUAUCUCCUCUCUAAACUAGCCCAAUAACAACUUCAACACCACA